GGCAAGAUGGCGGCGUAGCGCCCGCGUGCCGUUUGGGCCCCGCCAUGGCGGACCUGGGCCGGCAGCUGCACGAGUACCUCGCCCAGUCCAAGGCCGCCCCCGCCCCGCCGCCCGCCGGCGGCCCGCAAGACGAGCCGGAGGGGGACGGCGCAGGAGUGUGGCCGAGCGCCUUCCCUGGCUGGCGCUGGCCGUGGGCGGCCGAGGCGGACCCGUGGCUGCCGGGGCUGUCGCCGUGGCAGCGGCUGGCGGGCGCCGCGCUGUGCCUUCUGCUGGCUGCCCUCUGCUUCGGGCUGGCCGCGCUGUACGCGCCGCUGCUUCUGCUCCGCGCCCGCAAGUUCGCGCUGCUCUGGUCGCUGGGCUCGCUGUGCGCGCUGCUCGCCGCCGCGCUGCUGCGCGGUCCGUCCCGCCUGCUGCGGGAGCCGAGCCGUGGCUCGCUGCUGUACGCGGCGGCGCUGGGCGGCACGCUGUACGCCGCGCUGGGGCUGCGCAGCACCGCGCUGACCGCGCUGGGCGCCGCCGCGCAGCUGGGCGCCGCCGCCUCCGCGUUGCUGGGCGCGCUGCCCGGAGGGGCCGCCGGCGCCCGGCGUGUCGGAGGGCUCCUGGUGACCGCGCUGCGCCGCGGGGCCGCGCUGCCCGUGUGA